ACCGGAAAGAGAAUUAAGAUUUCAUUGAACUAAGUCUAAGGCCAAAUGACAGCGCCUCUCCUUAUUGACGUAAAGCGCAUGCUCAUACGUUUGCGUGUAAAGCGAAGAAGAAAAAUCUCCACCCGUACUCUUUCGUAGACUAAGGACAGCGGGUAUCUGAAACCGGGGAAGCUAAAUCGCCGGUUUUUGUGUCAGUGUCGAUUGUGCUAUCUAGCUGGCGUACAGUGGGUGCGUCUGCCUUUCUCUGUUAAUAGUCUUUACAGAUGACCAGAGGGUUACAAUAUCCUGCCAUGGGGAGCUGAUCAGGAACCAGAUCUGUGAGAAGAUUAACCGAGACUGGGAGAACGAGGGGUGGUCCGGGACCGAGAGGUGACUUCCGACGGUAGUCGUUGGCUGUACAGCUCUUACAGCAAGGGACACCAUAGUAAGAAAGCAGGGACGGCCUGCUGAACGAGUUAUCAGCAAGCCUAUCCUCCAUCCUCUUUGGGCCGUGACCGCUGUUUCAUUUUGUUGCAGUCGUAUGGAAGAUACUUUUUAUACGUAAAAAUGGGGAAAAUGCUGUCAAAGAUCUUUGGCAAUAAGGAGAUGCGGAUAUUGAUGCUUGGCUUGGAUGCAGCAGGAAAGACCACAAUUUUGUACAAACUCAAACUAGGCCAGUCUGUUACUACUAUUCCCACCGUGGGAUUUAAUGUAGAAACAGUAACGUACAAGAAUGUCAAGUUCAACGUCUGGGAUGUAGGAGGGCAGGACAAAAUCCGGCCGUUGUGGAGGCACUAUUAUACUGGCACUCAGGGGUUAAUCUUUGUGGUUGACUGUGCUGAUCGGGACCGGAUAGAUGAGGCACGACAAGAGCUUCACAGAAUUAUCAAUGACCGUGAGAUGAGGGAUGCAAUCAUACUGAUAUUUGCCAAUAAACAGGAUCUCCCUGAUGCCAUGAAACCCCAUGAAAUACAAGAGAAACUGGGACUAACUCGUAUCAGGGACAGAAAUUGGUAUGUUCAGCCAUCCUGUGCCACCACUGGAGAUGGACUGUAUGAAGGCCUCAUGUGGCUGACUUCCAACUAUAAAUCCUAAUUUUCAUAGUAAAACAGACUUUUAAUCAUUUAAAUAGAAUAUAUGAUUGCAAAAAAAAAAAAAAAACAUUAACUUGUGGCAUGAAGUUAUGGCACCUUGGCACUGAUUAAUGCUAGUCAACUUGUUCUUGUCAGUGGGUCAUGAACUUCCCAUGUUUAGCGGCAUAUGUUGCUCGCGUGAAAAACCUAGACUUUUAAAAGUAUUAUGUUUUAUUGUAUAUUUCUCAAGAUUUGGGGAAAAAUCCAUCAUUAAAGUGAAAUAUAGGAUGCUACGGGUGAUUGAGCCAUAUUUUACACCUCAUUUUGCAUAACUAUGGUCAAAUCUGCAGGCUCUUAUUUGCAGGUGGUAGAUGGCUAGUUAUAUCUGUUACACUCUGAAGUGUUAAUAGUGUUCAGUCUGACUCUCGGUGGUUGUUAUGAUUCAUUUUUUUUUUCUAAUCGAAGCCAAAUGUUUUGGUGCCCUAAACCACUGUUUUUCUGUAGACUGAGGGAGUUGUCUAACGAGUUCUAUUACUUGUUAAUGCAGUGACUAUCUGGAAGACAGUCAGUGGAAUUGGUCAGCUUUUUACUAUUAUUAAUUUAUUCAAGCCAUGUAUUUUUUGUGUAUUUUUAUUAUGAUAUGAAGAUGAGCUUAAUUCGCAUCCUUCAAGAAAGAAAAUUAUUCAGCAUGAUUUUGCAUUGGAGAACCAGUGAUGCUUUGAUUUGAUUGUCUAAUGAUUUGUUCUUCCUUUUUAUAUAACCAUCUGUCAUCGUACAGUGAUUUAAAAUACCUGCUAGUAGUUUUUUACAUAACUUGUACAACCCCUAUAAGGUAUAUAUAUGCUGUAGUACAAAUAGCAUAUUAGAUCUCUCGCACAGAAGCUAAAAUGUAAGGCCAUGCUUUGGCAGUUUGGAAGACACUUGAGUUUAGCAGGCGAACAUUUUAGUUUGGAAGACACUUUGAGUUUAGCAGGCUGACUUAAGUGUUUUAUUUGAACAUUUUAGUUAUUUGGAUGUACUUUAUCUGUACUUUUUCCUGCUAAUGCACAAUGCAUCUAUCGCAUAAGAAAUCUCAUACUGCUGUAAAGAUAUCCCCUUAUCAUACUAAGCUUGUAAUUUAAUAUUUUAUGUUGACUAAGCACUCUGGACUAGAAAUUGUCCGCUGACGAUUUGAUCAUUGGGAACUACCCCUUCCCUGAACUUUAUAGUUUUUAAUUGUGAUCAGGAAGCAUUUCUGAUAUCCUAUAUUUAUGGUACUAUUAUUUUUUUGAUGCGGGUGAGUUCUCCAAAGGUGCACUGUACUGAAAUGGGUUACCAGAAGUUUCAUCAUCUCUCCCUUAUUCCUACUAUUCUGAUGCAGCAUAUGGUGUUAUUAAUGUAAUGUCUGAUUAUACCGUGUCAUUUAUUUUGUCAGUUUUGUUGGAGAUCUUACCACACUGGUAAGAAGUAAAACCUGUGUGAUGUAUAUGCGUCUUGUUGCAGGCAGGAUAUCAUUAUUCCAGAAAAUGUAGCAGAGGGAAUCUUAGGAUCUGCCUAUGGAGAAUUCAGUCUCUGUUAACCUUCAGGACUUGGCAUGCAGCGUGCCCUCAGAUUGACAAAUAAGUCUUUAGUAGACUCUUUGCAUUUCACUUUGCUGUGUUCCCCUGCACUCCACACCUCCAUUUAUUUUCUUCUGCUAAAUGCAUUUGAUUGGAUUUGCAUGACUCCAGACUACUCUGGAUACAAUUUGAGAGAGCCCUGACUAGGGCCCAGGUGUUGAAAAGUUUGAAUAGCGGCUUGCAUGCCUGUUGCAGCUGGAAUGGGGAGGAGAGGAAUGACCAGGUUGAAGCCCCCCUGCUGGAGAUGUGGGAUCAUGUGGAGAUGUUUGUCUAUUAGAAAGGAGCAACACAACUUGAUCGUGUUACAUGGAGGUGUGGCAUACAUUGUAAAGGGCCAUUGCUUGCUAACCCCUUUGAAGUGAGUGAGUGAGCAUGCACAGGUGAAGGACUAUAUAUCAUCAUUGUGAAGGGAUCACUUCUAGUAUGCCCAACCCUAAUGCUCAAGGAAUGAAUGAACCAUAAGACUUGCUGCUGGGGAAAGAAUUGGUCCAUCGAGCCUGGGGAGAGGGAUCAACUUGAUGCCCUGAGGAAGAUUGGAUCAAAAAGAAAAUGAGCCCUUUUAUUUUCUCUUCAGGUGUUGUGACAUCUGUUCCUCUGACGUUUAGGGAAUCUCCAUCUCCCUACACUGGUUAGUCUUAUGCUGCCUGCAGGUGGGCUUCUGUUGACCUACCCUGCAUAGACUGCUUGCCUGCCUCAUCCAUGCCCCUUGCAGAGGUUCCUGUGUUGGCUCUGUCUGCCAUUGUAUUAGCUUCCUUAAUAUUUCCUUUGGUUCUAGCAGACACCCUGGUAUUAGAUUGAGUGGUGUCUGUUUGGCUAACACCACAGCUCUAGCCGAUUGUUUGGCGUACCAGUGAUGGCUAUACCUUCACCUGGUCUCCCAAUGUUGGAUGGCCUGUUUCUUUGACUGAAGCACAUAUCUUUGAAGGUAUCUACUUUUGCAAUAGAGAUCAACAGCCUCUGUUUGAAAAAUAGUGCAUGUUGCGUUCAAGCAAAGACCUGAACUGACAAUGUUUAAGAUUUUCUUUUGAUAGUUCUAUUUAAAAGCGGCAAUACAGCAUACUCGUACACCACUGAACAGAAUACAAACUUUUAUUAAAGGAAUUUAGUGCUUUUUUCCAUCAAAGCAGGACUUUUUCAGAAUACGUCAAACGCCAACUAUUGCCUCAAUUCAUACAUGUGUUUUUAAUUAAAUAAUAAACAUAAUUACUAAGGGUUGCAAAAUUUAAAAAUACAAAAGCCAAAUACUAAACCAUAUCAAACUAUUAGUUCGUAAAUACCAUGGGUUUUAAAUACCAUUCACAAUCCAGCCUUAAUAACAAAAAAAAAAUAGAAAGUGGAUUUUAAAAUACAUUUUAAAACUAAUUUAAAACACUGUAUUUUCAAAAUCACCAUUCAUCAAAUAUACUCUAUAAAAAUGUUCCCAACCAGCUAUGUAAAAUGUGCUUUAUAAUUUAAGGCUGUAAGGAAAUAUGCUCGUUUAAACCUGGGGUAUAUGAAGCCUUUGAUUUUAAGUUUCCACUUCACUUCUUUAAGGUCUGUGUUUAAGAAAGAGGAUAUAUGAACAUUUUAUAUGAUUUACAGAAACAAAGUGAUAAAAAUGCCCUUUGCAAACACUCCAGAGUUUGUGUGAAUUUAUCUAUUAUACCAAAUAUAAAUUUAGUAAAAGUUCUCAAAAAUCCUAGGGGAUGCAACUGGAAAAGGGUCCUGCUUUGAUGGACAAAAGUGCUAAAUUCCUAAUUUUUGUAUUUUGGUUACUGGUGUAUGAGUACUUUGUAUUGCCACUUUUGAAUUGUUUUUAUGCUUUUCUUUUGAGCUUAACUGUGUUUGUUUGUAGUAUUUUUCUAAAAUGGUGAUUGAAAUGUUUCAUCAUCUACUUCUUUUAGAUUGCUGAUGGAGAAUACUCUUAAGAUUACGGCUUCUUUCUUUUCUUGUUCAUCUGGAGGGUUGCAGUGCUCCAGAAACCCCCUUUCCUUGUUUCUCUAUCUUCAUCAGUUUAAAGUUAUCCACAAGGGCGGAAAUAAACAGGUUGAACAAAGUAAAGUGCACAGUGUGUUUAGAUGAAAGAUCAGUCAUCUGUAGUGAAUGGCUGAAGAGUUCCAACAAAAUGAUUCAGAGAGUGAUGGUGGAGUCCAUAGACUGUAAUGGCUCAAUAUGGGUAGCAGUGAUUAGCUGUGUGCCUAAAAGAUGUAUAAGCACUUUGAAUGAUUGAAUGUCAGAAGUUCUCUGGAAAAACUUGAAAGAUUACAGAAAGGUACUAGAGAGCUGCAAAAGUUAAUGAAGUAGUUGUUGGAAAUAUGUUGAGUAUUUUGUCAGGCAUGACCUAUGGUUGACAAAUUUCCAUGGGAUUCUUUCAGCAAAACUGUAGUUGUCAUGGCAACAAGUUCUGGAUAUGUGAAGGGAUCUAGCCUGUGACAGCAGGGCAGAUGGAUUUAUCCAAAAUUUGGCACUUUGCUGUUAGGCGACUCUCAAGUCGCACAGAAAAUAAAAGGAUCUGAUUCAGUUUGCAUACAGUGGUCUUCUCUGACUUCAACACUGUGUGUGCCUGCUGCUGAAUUGAAUGGAGGCUGUCACUGUCAAUGGUUCGUUAGCUGAGGCCGUAGGAUCUCAGUUUGGUGUUUACAAAAAAAAUAGGAUAUGGAGUUUAAAACUGACAUACUAAACUAAAAUUAUCUGAGUUUUUGUGUUAUAUAUAUUUGAUACUACUAGUUGUGGUGUGAAGAUUAGCACUCCCUUGGCGUAGCUGUUAAGUCACCCACUGCACUAGCUCAAGUCACUUCACUGCAACUGAUGAAUUGGGACUGAAGUAAAGCUUUAGUAGCUUGUUUGUCAGUUUUUUGAUGUCUGUGUGCUGUUUGAUAAGGAGCUGAUUACUAGUGAAAGGACCUACCAACAUAAAUGAUGUGUUUUUGUACUUAUUGGUUGAACAUGUUUUCACCGUGAAACUUUUUUGUGGUUAAACUGAUGGGUCUGAUAGGUCUAAAAAUUGCUCUAGUGUUGCUUUUGUAGCGUUUGGCUACCAGGGAAGACGGCAGCAAUUAAGCCCCUUGGCUGUAAUGGCUUGGGAGUCUUGUAAUAAUUUAUUCAACAGUUUGGGCAUUACCUCAUAGCAAUGUGGUAAGCUUUCUGGUAGGCAAGCAAAUGUAGUUUGUUGCACCUGGUAAGAUGCCUAUUUUUGGCAUCUUACAAUUAAGUACUCACAAUUUUAUGAGAGAAACAGAGGCACCUGUCAAGCUCAAGUUGACAUAAACAAAUGAUAGCUGUGACUACACAGAGAAAGUUGCAGGCCUCCUAACAUUUUUUAAAUAUAUACAACUUAUGGAAAAAUGUUGACAGUUACUCGAGUGUGGUCUGCAUCUCAGCCAGUAUUGUAUGUUUUUUGUGACUUCUGUAUAACUUAUGGAAAGUACUUCACACACAUUUCUUAUCUCUACCCUUGUGGAACCAGCAUGAAGGUCUCUUUAUGUGCACAUUUAAGGGGGGGACUGUAACUGCUUUCUGGCUUGCAUAUUCUAGAAGAAUGUACAGCAACAUCUGAUUUGUACUAAUGGCUAUCAGAUGCUGUUCACAUCUGUAUCCCUCUCUUGAUCUUGAAGUGUAACCUCUGAAACCUUGCUUGCUUUAGAAGUAUUUUCUGCUCUGUAUGUUCUUAAAAUAGUCCAUUUUUAUAGUAAGAGUUAGAGGUACAGUUUUGUCAUUGUGCAUGGGUGGUGCUAUGCUGUGUAAUGUACUUGUCCAGUGUGAAAGUGUUCUUUUUCUGAGGGACAAGUUUUGUGUUGUCAUGGCUGGAAAUCCCCUUUUGAUAACUGAAGAAUCUGUGCCUGCUUUGGGAUUUGUAUUUUUUUUUUCAGGAUAUCAAAGUGAAGGCUUAAGAUACUAUAGAUAGUCUUUAUAAUUUAAAUUUAAUCAGUUUAUUAAUCUGAUGAGCAAAAAAGUGUUUUUCAGACCCUAGCAGCAAAGGCAAAUGCAAUAUGUGUGUGUGUCACACUACACAAGUGUUAAUUUGAAGGGAUUUAGCUCAUCUAUUUCAUUUCACAAAAAUUGAAUCUGUUGGUUGGUGUCUCGCAUAGAAAAUAAUUGCAAGUGCAUUUUCUGUUUCUAUACCAGCAGUGAUUGUGUGUGCGUUUGUGUGUGGGGUCUAUCCCCCCAUUAUGGCUAGAGAAGGGCUUACUUCCCUGUAGAAAAUGUCUUUGAAAGUUGUUUUGACAAGCUGAAACUCUAGAUUUUGUCCGCCUUCUAACUUGGAGAAAUGUAUGGAAAGUGCAUCUGUAUGUUUUAGGUGGUAACAUGUGCAGAAGGGGUUACCUUCCUGCAGAUGUUCUGACAAGCUUUUUUUUUGUUAUCUAAUUUGUGGAAAUGUAGGGAGUGUGUGUGUGUACAUUUUAUACAAAAUGUGUGUAUUUAUAAUCCACACACCCAUGAAAUAAUGUUUGUGAUGUACAGGUGUGUAUGUGUUUGUGGACAUAAGCCAGUCAGCCAGCAUGUUUUUAUGAUUUUUGAUGAAAGUGGAGUACACAGAACCAUUGCAAACACAGGGAGGGCAUGCAUGCUCCACACACACUGAGUUGAGGUUAAGAUUGAACCUUGGACCUUGGAGCUUUUAGGUAGAUGUCCUACUACUGACCUGCUGUACUAGACUUCUCUGUCAUGGUAAAUGUCAUCCCAUGCUGUGGUGUAUAUUAUUAGAACUGAUCAACUAAUUCUUUGAUUACCUUAUAAAUGGUGUUUAAGGCAUUUCAUAACCAAGAUGCAGUUUACAUUAUUUGGGCGUUGCCUUAGUUUCAGUGUUUGUACUGUGACCCAAAGUACUACUUAAUGCAUCAAAUCUGUACUUCUCUGACACGUAUAGAAAUGCAGGAAAAUGGAUCAGAGAUGUACUAAAUACUAGACACUGGUUACCACUGUUAGGCUACCUUAAUAGUCAAUAUUCUUCCAUAUUAAUCCCAUUAUUUGGUUGUCUUUGUGUGCAUUUUAUAUUUCUUGGUGAGAGGAGAUCAGCGUCACACUCUGGUAGAUCUUACGUAGGAUUUAAAGAGUGAUUAGUAUUUAUGAGAUUCCAUUUUAUGUACUGCAAAAGGUAUUACUUCAGAAGAUUUCAUCAUUAGGUUGCUGAUGUUUUCUUCAGCGCCACCCAUAUUUAGGCUGAGCUUCUUCUGUGACCAAUAGUAGACACUGUAGAGUUGGGCUUGUGGUGUACCACUUGUUAAUACAGUGUUUUGAAACUUUCCCCGGAUAGUGCAUAUGCUUCCUUUUGGAGAACUUGUUGCACGCAAGUUUUUAAAUGCCCAGUUUUGGCAUUGAGUUAAACCCUUCUUUUUUGCAGCUAGGUGUACUGUGUGCACAAUAACCCUGCUUUCGAUAACUUUGUGAAGACUGGGGAGCAACGUUUGCAAAUUGGAGCUUUUUUAAUAAAGCAGUUAUUGGUCUUGAUCUAUUAAUACUAAUUUUCUGAUUAUAUACAGUUAUCUAUUAUUUCUUUUGUUACAGCGCUAAUGCUUUUUUGACAGUUACUCACUUGAUCCCAUUUUAAGGCAAUUUUCAUGGAAGAGGAAGAUGAACAGCUGGUUCCAAGUUUCAGGGAAGCUGGUGCUUUAAGUCUUCCUGGUAAUUUUAGCAGUUCAGUUGUAUUGUGCCUUACUUCUGUCGAGUUCCUUAAAAUUUCCCAGCAUUUGAUCUGCACUUCUCAGCCAAAAUCUCAUGUUUUUGUUUUCCUUCCCUUGUGAAUGCCGUUUGUUGAUUAGAGUAAAACCUUAGUGGGGGUUGAAUUACUACUACUGAAAAUACACGUUUUAUAAGUAAUUGGAUCAUUGCUACACACACACUGUUUACAACACAAUAUGUGUUGUGUGUGUGUGUGUGUGUGUGUGUGUGUGUGUGUGUGUGUGUGUGUGUGUAUAUAUAUAUAUAUAUAUAUAUAUAUAUAUAUAUAUAUAUAUAUAUAUAAUAUAUAUAUAUAAUUGUACUCUAGUGACCUUACAGGAAUGUGAAUAUCUGUCUUAAAACUUUACAGUUUAUUUGGAAGGUACAGUCACAACUGCCAUACAGCUUGUUGUAAUGUUAACAUGUUUGUACAAUACAUAUCCACCUGCCCCGCUACAGGCAUUACGAAACAAGUUUUUAACUGUAGAUAUGAGUGGAGACCAUGCUAGCUUUCAGCUCUUAUGGAUAUACUGCCCAAAUUACAUUCCUAGAACUUCCAUUCAUCUUUCCAAAUGGGACAGUACAAUACGUGGGCAGAGCUCUUUCUGGAAUCAAUUUCUGGAGCAGUUAUCUGUUUUUGCAGUUUAUGAACUGAAGCUGUAUAUUGGAUUACAAAGAUUUUAUGUUCUUUUUUUAACGGUGACCAUUCAUUUUUACUGCGUCUUUAUGACCCUUAAGUGGCUAACCUCCUUACAUUAAUUAAUUUUUCUUUUUCUGGGUCAGCUAGGUCCCAUAUGUAACAAUUUUCUGCCCUACCAAAACGCACUAUGUGAAGAAGUGCCAUAGUCAAAACUACUUUGUUUUGUUUUCUUUAUCCAGGUCUGUUUUCUGCAGAUGCUUGUGAUACCAACCACAUGAAUGCUUGGUGACUCUCUUCCUAAGGUUUUCCACUGUUUCUCAGUUGAGGCUUUUGAUGGCUGUAUGUCUUUUCAGAGAACAGUAUUGUAGAAUUUUGCAAAGACAUACCGUGUUACUUGCAUUACAUGUUGUAGCUGCAGUGUUGUAUCUUACCAGGCCAUUAGACUUUACCACCUAUCUUUUAAUAAUGCAAAUUUUAGAUAUUCAUAUGUGUAAGCUUCCUGAGGGUAUUUGUUUGGGUACAUUUACGUCUAUCCUUGAACAAUCUGUCAUUUUUGGUCAGGGUUAUUUUAAUUUAAUGCAUCAUAUAUUGUCUUGGUUUUGGCUGUGAUAAGGUGAUCUGGCCUUUAGCCCAAGCAGAGCAGUUAUGCCUUUUUGAGACCAAAUCAGUGUGUAAGAAUGAAUUGGCAUAGAACUGUUAGUGUGUGACUCUCCUUGUGUAUUAAAUUGUAAUGCAUAUUUAUGAACACCCAUUUCAAGGGCACCCACAUGUUUGCUGCUCGUGACUGAGUGAGCAUCUUAAUGCGCAAAUGCUGGAAGUGAGCACUGCAGUAUUAAAAGUGCUCCUUUGAUGUUUAGCGUGGAAACCAGUUGUGGAAGGAGGUACUGCUUAGUGCAGGCCAAGAGAAAAUAAAAAUAAUAAUAAAAAGACAAACUGUUGAAAAAAUAAUGGUUUUAAGCAUUGUUUGGUGACUGCUCUCAGAUGUUUUAAGCUUUUAAAGAACAAGGUACUUAGGAAGUGUACUUAAAAAUGUAGGAAAUUGUUAAAUUGCACAGUUAUUUUUCUAAUGAUAUGCAUAUGCAAUGUACAUGUAACAUGGCUGUUUUUUUAGUAUAUCCUAUUUUUGUAGUAUCAUUGUACAAUGGAAGAAUGGUGGAAGAAUCAUCAGUUUAAUUUAAAAUGCAUUUUGCUUUUCACUCAUGAUUACUAAAAUGUUUUAAUGAUGAAGUAUUCUGGUUUAAUUUAUAAACAGAAUUAUGCUUGACUUUUUCCGCAGUUGUAUAUACAGCAUAGAACAAUAUUAUUUUCUUAUUUUUUAAGCAGUUGAAUGAAAACUAAUGUUAUAAAGAAGCUGAUGGAUUUAAACCUGGCAUUUAAAUUGCAAUAAAAGCAGCAAGUCCAUUUUA